GCCAGUCUGGAUCAGUGGGAACAGGUCAGCCUUUGGUGAAUGCCAUCAGGAGUGACUCAGUUCUAAUUGGAGGUGUGAUAGCGGUGGUGAUCUUUGUGAGCGUGUCUGCAUUAGCCAUAAUGGCCCGAGUCCUCUACAGCAGGAAAGGGAUGUGUCGGAGCCGGGAAGUAAAAACAGUCCAACCUGAAGAUAGCCCGGAGCUGGCGUUCAGCUCGCAAAUGGUCCGA